AUGAUCUUUGCUGCUUGCCAGCGACCAGAAAAGCGCCUGGAGAUGCGGAAUCACCUCUACACCGCAUUCUGUGAUCUGACGAAGACCUUCGUCGCGGAGAAUCGUGAAGGACUGUGGAAAAUAAUGCAGAAGCUAGGCUAUCGUGAACGAUUCACGGGCAUGGUAUGUCAGCUCCACGUUGGGAUGAUGGCGUGCGUCACGGACAACGGCACAAUCUCUUAGGCAUUCGUGUGACCAGUGGGAUGAAGCAGGGCUGCGUACAUACGCCCAUCUUCUUUAGCGUCUCGUUUUCUGCCAUGCUGAGAGACGCCUACCGUGACGAGCGCCCCGAGAUCCACAUCGCCUACAGGACCGAUGGGCACCUUCUCAACAACCGGCGAAUGCAGGCCCCGGCACGUCUUUCUACAGCUAUUAUCCGCGACUUGCUCUUCGCCGGUGACUGCGCACUCAACACUACGACCGAAGACAACAUGCAACGGAGCAUGACUCUCUUCGCCUCCGGCUGCGCCCACCUCGGGCUGACUAUCAAUACGGACAAGACGGUGAUCAUCAACAGCCAUUGA